UUACAAAUGAGUUUUCUUUUUCAGACGUAUGCUAUUUAGUUUUUCCUUCUUCAUGUUCUUUUACAACAUUUUUAUUGGAAUAUUGUCAUGUAUGCUGCGGAUAAUAAAAUCAAUCAUAAUAGGCACCAUAUUUUUGCCUCGGCUAGAUAUAAGUCCCUUACCAAGGCGAUUUCAAAUGCUAGAUCCAGGGUUUGCCAAUUAUUGUGGAUUUAUUCAUACGGAAUGUUCCCAUACGAACCCAGUGAUGAUAAUGUUCCUUCGAAUACUCAUGGAAAACACUGAAAAGCAUAGACAAACUGAGGUGAAAAUGAAAAAAACUGUUGACAUAGAGGCAAAUGGAUUAUCGAUACAGGCGAGGACAAGGGCUCGAACUAAUUGGUAUUUGCUUUACACUUUACAUAAUAAUCCAACAAUUCGAGUUUACAGGAAAAGUUAUCUGGAUUAUGUGAAACAAGUGCAAGAGCGUUUCGCCAAACAAUACAAAAUGAACAAAUCUUCAAUCGGAAAUCUAGUUAAACAUGUUAACAAAUCACUUGUAAAUGAUGAAACAGUUUCUGUUGACGAUGUUUCAGUGUUGACAAAAGCUGAAGCUGGAUUUGGAUUAACGAAUGUUGACCAUUGGAAAGUUUUGUUUGCUGUAAAUAAAUUCUUAAAGAAGGUACAAAAUGAUGACUCUGAGAAUUCGCCGGAAAACGCAUAAGUCAAACGCACCUGAACAAGACGCUUUAACUUUUUUUAUAAUUUAUUUUGAGUUUUUUAAAAUGUACUGCUACAAUUUAUUGUAUUGGUCUAUCUGUCUUUUAUGCGACAUGCUAAAUCAAGAAUUAUCUGCAUGUUAAAAGAUCUUUUUUCGUAUAAUUGCUUAUUCUUGACGAAUGCUUAUUGUUCUGUAUGUUAUGCAUAAUGUUUCCUUUCUUCAUAAUUUGCUUGUUGUUACACACGAUAUACAGACAAAUCAUUUAAAAUCAUACUAAUUGUUGUUAACAGUAUGCCCAAGACAUAUAUAUUUUUCUGGUCCUUCAGAAUAAUUGAUUCCAGCUUUUGAAGUGUUAAAAAUUAAACACUGCUCAAGUCGAUGUCAGAGCGUUUGAGUGAUUUUGCACAUUUUCAUUAGAGGCUGCAAUUUUCAUGUAAUUUUGCCCAUUUUAAUGCUUCCGAGGGAUCACUUUUUUCAGAUAUUUAAACAUCACAACAACAGGAGUCAUGUGCCGUGUGGCAGCCGUCGAAAUUUUCCCCGUACUUCACCUCAGUGUUGCUAUAUUUUUCUGGUCCUUCGGGAUAAUUGAUUUCAGCACUUAAGUGUUUAAAAUUGAAUAUCGCUCAAGCCGGUGCCAGUUGGGUGUUAGGGAUGUUGCCCUUUUUUAUUAUCCCUAUUGUACAGACUCAAUCAAACCGAGUAUGCAGUUCAUGUAAUUUGUUAUGUCAUUGCUGCAGACAUAACUGAUUCGAUGUUCAUAUAGUUGCAGAACGAUAACUCUGGCUAACCUUAUUUUUAAAGACUGAUCCCCUAUAAGAUACGGUUCUUAAAAUUUAUAUUCCUCUUACAACACUAUGUCACCGCAUUUCAACAACUGUGACGUAAUAGUUUUUAACACCGACCCAAUACAUAUAUCCCGUACCUGUAUAAUUCUAUAAAACAGGUGAGCGGAUAACAAUAAGAAUUUCACUACAACGUUUUUGUUACAAAAAUGCACAGUCUAAUAUUUUUGGUUAAAUCUAUUAAAAUUAUUCAAUUAAGGUCAGAGUAGGGACUUUCAAUAACUAAAGAUAGUUUAAAAUUGACAUUCAUGUUAUAUACAUAUGGUUGCUGAUUUGUACCAUCCAUGUUUUCGCCCCGAGACCCCGCCAAGCGAAAAGUCAAAAAUUAACAAGUUAGAAUAGCGGGGGCGAAGUUUAAUAGAAAAACUUUGAGUAUUGAUUUGUGUGAGUUAUUCCGUUUAAGUAACUUCUUUGAGUACAUCAGAGAAUUCAAUGAGUGUUUAAGUAAAACACAUGUUAACGACCUCCAAACAUCGUUUAAUUUCAAUUUUAAGUGCUAGUGCAUUUGUUAGUUUCCAAAAUAUAUCCUUGGUGAUUAAUAAUUUGCUAAGCAACAGAAUUUUAGGAGUGUUUAGUUAGCAUAUUUAGAGAAACGAAAUGGCAUCACAAAAUGUUAUCUCACACUCUCAACAUAAUUUUCAAUUUUAUUUCAUUUAUGAAACACUUGUAUACAUAAUUUCAUUAAAUGCGUAAUGCGACUUGUCAAUACCCGAAUACAUCCGAAUACAGCUAAAUAUUAUUGUAUUGUUACGCACCGUCUUAAAUGAAAAUGACACAUUUGAUAAAAUAUAUAAAGCAGAAUGUAAUUGUAACCUUUUAAAAAGGAUAAAAGUAAACUUAUUUACAGAAAAGUUAGUAAUUUUACAACAAGUUUACCCAACAUUUAUGUUAUGGUUCAGAAUUGUACACUUUUUAGGGGAGUUAACGUGUAAACGGUCGGAAAGCUCAGUCGGGAGAGCAGUGGUACGGUAUUUCGAGGGUCCAGGGUUCGAGUCCCAGUCUAGUUUCACACUUUUCUCACACUAUCACAUUUGGCGCCUUUUUUCUCUAGCGUAAACUAUAGAAAUAUAUUUAUCAAAGUGCAUUAAUACAGUCCCCGUCAGGCUGCAUAUUUUCUCUCCUAAAUAGUGAACAGUUCUGAAUCGUGUCAUUCUGUUAAUUCCUUUUUCUAUAUUUGUACUGAAGUACAGAAUUCAGACAGGAAACGACUUUUAUAGAUUAAGAUAUAGCUUUAAUUUCGUGUGACAUUUGGGUUACAAAAGGUAUUGUUGAUACUGAUAAUGUUCAAGGUAGAAAUAUUGUCUGGAGUAGGUAUUUGGUUGUAUGUAAAUUUCACUUUCACUUUAAACAUUAGCAGUAUCAACAGAACUUUUGAAACCCAAACAUCUUUCGACAUUAUAGCAGUAUCACAAUCUAUGAAAGUAAGUUGUUUUCUGUUUUUAUUCUGCACUUAUGUACACUAGCUUUUAAUAUAUAUAAAAGAACUCUAAAUGAUUUUAACCUAUGUAUAUGCAGGUGAAUAUCCGUCAAAACUAUAUGUGUCGUGUUUAUAGCCGAAUGUUAUUAAUCUGUGUAUGUUGACUGCAUUCUUAUUCAUACAUUUUAGUUUUGUCUUUCUUCUAUGUAUAUUGAUUUGCAUACAUGACUGUAAAAUUUCAAAUGUAUGCACGCCAAUGUAAGGAAUAGUAAUGAAAAUUGUUAAUGCUGAAAUUGAAUCAUUGUUUUUGAUUUAAGACUUGUGGAAAAUGACAAACUAUUGUGUAGAAGGUAGUAUUCAAUACGUACUUUAUAAAAGUGUCAAAUUGUUAGUUUUAAUGUUUUAUGACAUAUGCUUAGUGAAAAAUCUUUUUAUAUUUCAUAAAUAUAAUAUGUUCUGUGUGAUGGGUAAAGCCAAAAUGCUUACGAAUCUUGUCAACUAAAAUUAAGGAAAUUUUCCCAGCAAAUUUUCCCUGUCCUUUUGAAACAGUAGAGACAGGUGAAUAUAUAACAGGUUUAUCUUAGAAAAUGGCAUUUAUUCUAUUAAUUAUUUUCAUUAUUUUGUUGUAUUUUCUGUUUAAUCAAAUUAUAAGAACGGAGAGGACGACCAAAUAUAAAAGAAUGGAGGCGAUGACUGAUAACAGAAUACGUAACAAUGGAAUAUGAGAACAAAUGCAUACAGCAAACACGGAACAUACAUAAGUACGUUACAGAACAAAGAACUUAACAGAACAUCCAACAGCUCUUAAACAAUAGCAACAAUGAAAUACCACAAUCUGACAAGAAAAAAAAAGAACAGAAAAUUUCGAAAGUGAAACAGACAACAAAAACUUUAAAACAAUUAAAACAAUGAAAAUACGUUAAGUGACAUAACAAAAUAGGUAGACGGAUGAUUGAAAUCCCGCUACUAUUAGACGACAAAAUAAUUGUAAAUACUUUUUAAGUUGUCAGCCAUAUAAAUGAUUUACUUUAUAGCAAAUUCAUUAGUUUUAAGUAUGAUUUUUUGAACUAUCCAAAAAACCCUAUCGAUUUAAAGAAAGAAAAAGGA